UGGGUUCUGUGGAUUAUUUUAUUCGUAAAUAUAACCCUACUUUUUGAUCCUUCGUCCCAAAAAGAAAUACCUGUUACAUUAUAAUCGGUGGAUAAAAUUUAAUACUUUAAUUCAUAAUUCAAUAUUUCAUUUUUCGUUCAAUAAUGUCUUUAACCUCGGCGUUACCUAAAAUCGCUAAUACAAUUAUAUUAUUAGGAGAAUGUGUUCCAUGUUUAAAGCAAGGUGCCUCAAAAUUUAAAAUUAAACGUUUGGAACUUGACACUAACAUACAUAUGUAUUUUCCAACGUACGAUUUUGUUUAUGCACACGAUCCUAAAAAACUAUGUAAAACUGGCGAUCUUGUUCUUAUAGAAAGACUACCAGAAAAACUAACAAGACUUAUUACACAUAAAGUGAAAGAAGUUAUUUAUCCAUUAGGAGAUAUAACAGAUCCUAUAACUGGAAAGAAGGUUGUGUCUGGAAAGUAUAGGGAUCACAUAGAGGCCGUCAAUAAGGUAUACGGUGAAAGAUCAAACGCUUUCAAAUACGAAGAUUCACCUCCACGGGGCUGGCAGGAAGAUAGGAAAGACUUUACACACGUUGACACUUACGUUAAGUAUCAUGAUACUGGAAAAGACGAACCACAUUCUGUAUAAAUAUUUAUGGAUUUUAAUAGUGCUUUGUAGAUUAUUACUUUAUUAAAAUAUAUAUUAAGUUGUA